CUUGAAAAAACGCGCCACGUCCUUUCUUUCGUCUUGCAUUCUUCUUUGUUGUGUCAUUCAUGGCUCGUUCUUUCUCUUAGUCUACUUUUGUUGCUAUCUUGUGUGGUGUGGUGCCAUGGUCUAUUAUUUCAAGACUUGCUCAUCUCAGCGGACCCAUCCAUUUCGGUUUCCCAAGAGCGCUUUGGCCGUUGUCUUCAUAUUGCUGCUGCUUCCAUCCACAUCUUGUGCCUUGAGCUUGCAACCCAACAGGAAGAACAACAACAACAAAAUGGUCCACCGAAAAACCUUCCUUCAAAGUAUCUUGGUGGGGGCAGGCGCCAUGCUGACGAAUCCCACCCAUGCGUUCUCCAUGGGCAAUCCAGACGCAAAAGUUGCUGCUGCAACAGCCACAGCAGCUCCCAUUCCUGGCGCUGCAACGGUGGGCUACCAAGCCUUGUCGCUUCCCAUGGGGGAUCAGUAUGGAGGUGUGACGGUGCCCGUGGCGUGCUGGUAUCCCACUACUACUACUGGCAGCAGUACAGAGGAAACAACCACGACAACACCUGUUUCAUCUUAUCCCCAUCGCAUUUCCGUACGACGCAUUGGACAAAUGCUCGUGGGGUGGAAUUUUAUUCCGGAAUUUGUGUCACGAGACUUUGCUCUCUCUCCCAACAUGGAAUGUGUCAACAACAACAACAGUAACAACAAUUUACCAUCCAAAGCCCCCGUCGUGGUAUUUGCGCAUGGCUAUUUGGGCAGUCGAUUCGAUCUAUCUCACUAUGCCGAAGCAUUGGCGGCCGAAGGAUUCGUCUGCGUCGCACCGGAAUAUCCCGAAUCGUUGGCGGCAUCGUACGAUCCCGUCGAAGGAUUGGACCGGGCCGUCAUUACCCAACAACUAUUGAGCAAAUUGCCCGUCACGGCCACUUCUUACGGCAUUGUCGGACAUUCCCUCGGUUGUGGAACCGCCAUGCGGACGGGCGAUGACACGUGGACGCGAGUCUUUAUAUCGGGGUACAAUGGACAACAACCCGUACCGGGGAAUGUCUUGAUUCUCUCGUCCACCAAUGACGGAGUGGUGGCUCGACGAGGUAUUAACAUUCCUUCCGACUACACCCUGUUGCAGGAAGAAGCUGCAUCAUCGGUAUUACCCAACCGCGCGGCACUGGUCUUUGAUCGAGCCGAUGCUCCCAAUCACAUUUCCUUCUUGGCGGAAGGAGUCAAUGAUGCCAUGGUCGAUUUCUUGUCGCCACUCUUGCCCGUAGCACAGGCACUCUCCAUCCCCGUGCUAGACUUUGAUCGGUAUCAAGAAAGUCGAGACUCGGUCGCCACUGCCGAGAUUGUCAAGCCAUUGGUGACGCAGUACAUGAAGCAACACAUGAAAAUGAUAUAG